GUGGGUGGCCCCGCAGGGCACCAUGCCGCUGGGGCGGGAUGGGCCCAGCUGGAAGAAGAGGACUGAGGACAUUCGGCGCAUCUAUGACUUCCGAGAGGUCCUGGGCACGGGGGCCUUCUCCGAGGUGGUCCUGGCAGAGGAGAAGGCGACGCGGAAGCUGGUGGCCAUCAAGUGCAUCGUCAAGAAGGCGCUGGAGGGGAAGGAGACCAGCAUCGAGAACGAGAUUGCUGUCCUCCACAAGAUCAAGCACCCCAACAUUGUGGCCUUGGAUGACAUCUACGAGAGUAGCACCCACCUCUACCUCAUCAUGCAGCUGGUCUCGGGUGGGGAGCUCUUCGACCGCAUUGUGGAGAAGGGCUUCUACACCGAGCGGGAUGCCAGCGCCCUGAUCCGGCAGAUCCUUGAUGCUGUCAAGUACCUGCAUGACAUGGGCAUCGUCCACCGUGACCUGAAGCCCGAGAACCUGCUUUAUUACAGCCUGGACGAGGACUCCAAGAUCAUGAUCAGCGACUUCGGGCUGUCGAAGAUCGAGGGCUGCGGCAGCGUCAUGUCCACAGCCUGCGGCACCCCCGGCUACGUGGGUGAGCGCCUGCUGAUCGCCGGGGACACGGCCCUGGACAAGAACAUCCACCAGUCGGUGAGCGAGCAGAUCAAGAAGAACUUUGCAAAGAGCAAAUGGAAGCAAGCCUUCAACGCCACGGCUGUGGAUCUUGCCCUGCCCCGGGCUGUGCCAGGCUCUCACCCCUUUCCUCUCCCCAGGGUCGGACUGUGGGCACCUGCCCACGCGCAGAGCUCAUCGCCUCCCACCAGACUGAGCAUGGCCUCACAUGGCUGCACCCUGGGGGGACCAGGGGGGGUCCCAGCCCUCCUGUGGGCACAGUGUGGGGUGGGGGGCCCUGCAGUGCUGGAGCAGGGGGGGCCGGUGUGA